ACAUUUUUUUUAGAAUGAAUUUUUUUUUUCUCGAGAAUGAAAUGUCGGAGGGACUGGCAAGAUUUAAACCUAGAGACUGCUUAUAAGGUGGGCACCUUAUGCAAAACUAAAUACCGGUCUUCGACUAACGAUGCCCUGUUAUGCCUCUUUUUCUGUCUGUGCUUGAGAGUGGGUCAGCAGUUCAUAUUCGAAUCACGGCAAGGCAAACAGUGCGGAGCCCUGCUCAUCAACUCGAAGAAUUGUUAACAGUGAAAUUUGAUCAGAAUCUUAUUAUUGAAUAGUGGCGAUGGAAAUUUCAGAGGAUUCUGAUGCUCCAGAGGAGUUUACAAUGACACAGGGCAUGGAACAAGAGGAAGAAAUCAGAAAGGUUCAAAAGGAUAAUAAGAUGAGAGUUGCUCGAGAAGCAAAAGAACGACGAAGGAGGCGGUCACAAAAGAAAAUAUCUGCAUCAUCAGAGGAAAUUUUUUUUGAAGAAAUUACUGAAACUGAAAUGCAUCAGGAGUCAGUCACAAAAGAAAAACACAAGCGGCGAUCACGUAAGAAAAGUCGUUCAUUAGAGGAAAUGGAAGCUGAGGAACUUACUGAAACUGAAUUGUAUCAGGAAUCUGGAAAUCUAAAAGGAAUGCUUCCGGGCAGCAUUGUGGACAUCCUUGCUUCCAAGGAGAAGCGGGUAUUCUCAGAAUCUGAUGACGAAGUCAUUGAUGACAUGCCCUCGCCAAAAAAGAAGAUGCCGAAAAUCCCAGGUGCCAAAAUAGUACUUUUGGAAGGUUUGCACCCAGCUGACUGUGCACAAAGUGCUAAAGAGUUCAUGAAGAAGAGAAAACAUGGAGUUCAAAGGUCAUCCAUGGUUUUGAAGAAUGCCAACCAGGCUUUGCGCCUCCUGUCUAACAGUGGCAUCUUGAGUAAGCAUUAAACAUGUGUAUCACGAGGAAUUUAUGGUGUUCCCCAUGGGAUAUUGUAUGGGGGAGAGAUUUAUCAGAUGGGGAUAUGAAAUAUAAAUCAACACCCCAAAAAUUUGCAUUUGCAGGCAUAUAGUCCUUGUACUUUGUAUGGAAGCAAUGAGGUGGAAUGUUUUUUUGGGUAA